AUGGAUAGGAGAACAUUUGGUGUUUUAUGUGAGUUAUUAUGUCAGGAUGGUUAUGUUAAAAGAGAUGGUACUGUUACACUGGAAGAGCAAGUGUGCAUAUUUUUGCACAUAAUUGCUCAUCAUGCAAAGAACCGUACAAUUAUAAGUAGAUUCUAUAGAUCGGGGGAAACAGUUAGUAGAUAUUUCAAUUCAGUAUUGAAUGGAGUGUUACGUUUACAUGGAAUUUUGUUGAGGCAACCUGAAUCUGUGUCAGAUAAUUGUUCGGAUGAUAGAUGGAAAAUGUCUAAGAAUUUUUUGGGAGCAUUAGAUGGAACUUAUAUUAAGGUGAAAGUAUCUGAAAUCGAUAAGCCAAGAUAUCGAACAAAGAAGGGUGAGAUAGCCACAAAUAUUUUAGGUGUAUGUAAUCCGAAUAUGGAAUUCAUAUUUGUAUUGCCUGGUUGGGAAGGUUCCGUUUCGGAUUCUAGAGUACUUCCAGAUGCAUUAAGUAGACCAAAUGGCUUAAAAGUACCAACAGGGGAACAAGAUAUCACAUUUCCGAAUGGAAAGAUGGUUGUGCACUCACAACUUAUCAAGAGUAUUUCAACAUGA